CAGGUAGGCAAUAUAACCAUUCCAUAUCAUUUUUUAUUUCAGGAUGAAAUUAAACUGAAUCAAAUUAUAUCCAUGUGUUUUUAUUUUUUUAGUCUAAUCUUAACAUGGUUAACCCCUAAUGUUAAACUCUUCAUCAUCGUACUUAGGACGAAACCAUUAACCAUCUUCCCCCGAAUCUUGAAAGUGUGAAAUUGCGUGCUUGAAGAGCAGAACGCUGGGAGAGAACGACAACAAUUCCAGAGUUUACUUCACUUGGGUAUGGAUGUAAAAGAAACUAUUAAGGACAUAGUCCCUUGGGAUGGGACUCUCUCUUCAAGUGAUUUUUUCCUUUCUGCUAUUACAUUUUCUGAAAAGUGGAAAAGGUUCAGUUCUUCCAUUCCACCAUGGCUCUGGGUCCCUUGUUCAAAACAUCAUUUGGUUUCUUCUCAUAAGGAGGAAGGAUACUUAUCACUGGAGAACAUGUGCCUUAUCAAAUCAAGUGAGGAUGAAGAAAGUAAUAGAAGUUUGACGUGGAAAGAAGAAAGCAACAUCUCACAGGGAGAAGAGCCCUUUGAUUAUGCCACUUUAGUAUGUCCAGAGCAUGAAGUAAACCACUAUGAUUUUCAUAUUGUCUACAGUCCUUCUUAUAGAGUUCCAGUGUUGUAUUUCCGUUCAUACCAUAGCGAUGGACAACCUUUGCCGUUCAAUGGAAUUGAAAAGGACAUUCCUGGUCACUCUGCAAAGUUACUAUCAGAAUCCAAAUGGACAUUUAUAACUCAGGAGGAACACCCAUAUUUAAAGAGGCCAUGGUACAAAUUACAUCCAUGUGGAACAAGUGAUUGGAUGAAGCUGCUCUUCCUUGGUGAUACAUCUUUGAAUAUAAAUGGUUUUGUUAUCGAACAGUAUCUGGUUUCCUGGUUCUCGGUCAUUGGACAAGUGGUUGGUCUUAAAAUUCCUUUGGAAAUGCUGGAUACUGCAGUUCCUAAGUCUAACAAAGAAGCUCACUCAUGCUUAACACAAAAUGAAAUAAAGGAAACGUGAAAAAAAGUCUCUGCACCCCACUUCACUUUUAUUGGUGUAGUUGUCAUUGUAAAUAGAUUGAUGUUGUUGGCCAAGCAUCAAAAUGAUUUGUAAAAUAUAUUUUUAAAUUCUACCACUGAUGCAAUUGGACCAUAA